AUGCAGCUUCAACUGCUUACAAAGCAAAUGGCAAUUUUCGUGGUAUUUUUAGUGUGGAGCCUCGGUUUUCUGCAUACCGUUCCGUAUUUUUGGAGAGCUUCUUGCUAUAUAUAUUUUGAUAGCACAAAAUGGACUUGGAUAUUUGCUGAUACUCCUUGCGGCAAGAUUUUUUACUACGUCGCUAAUUACGAAAUCGUUGUUCUAUUUGCUACAGUUGUUAUUGAUUGCAUAACCGUUUUGAAAUUCAAGCAAUACACUAAGGCGAUCGUUCCGCAAAACGCAGACGUGCGAAUAAUUAGCGAUACCCAAAAAAGAAAAUAUCGCAUAGAAACUAGAUUUUUCAAACAAGUGAGUGUUUGGGCGCGACGCUAAGA